CGCAAAAACGCAUCUUUCGAUGACGACUCCGGAGCCCUACUUCUUCCCCCCGCUUUGGGAGCAGCGGCGGCGGCACAUAGCCGACACGCUGUAUGCACACAAGGUGCAGUCGGUGCUGGAGCCAAGGGCCUCGCUGCUGAACGCCAAAGCCCAGCUUCUCCCGGGCUAUAUGGACAAGACAGAGCCACGCGUCGACCCACUCACCAUCACGCUGUAUCAUGGCGACGGCACCAUCCCCAUCUGUGGCCUGAGCGCCGACGCUGUCGUAUGCUCUGAGGUGAUUGAGCACGUGUAUCCGGACCAGGUAUCGGCGCUGACGCAGGCUGUGUUUGGCGGGUACCGGCCGCGCCUGGCAGUGUUUACGACGCCCAACGCCGAAUUUAACGUCAACUUCCCUAACCUGCACUAUGGCACUCCACAGGCCAUGUUCAGGGACGCUGACCACAAGUUCGAGUGGACGCGUGACGAGUUCCGGCAGUGGGCGCAGGACUGCGCUGACACAUACGGGUAUGAUGCUGGGUUUGUGGACGUGGGCAGGCAGAUGCGCAAUGCAGCUGCUGGGUUCGUUGCCUGCGGCGGGUGCACGCAGAUGGCUGUGUUUGUCAGGCGCACGGCUCCAGAGCAGCAGUAUCAGCACCAGGACAGCGGCGAGAGGUGUGGCCAGCCGCCGCAGCUGCUGGAGUCAAUAGAAUACCCGGUGUUCUCGGGGCGUCGCAUGGCAGCCAAGCAGCUGGAGGCACUGGUAGAAGAGACCGCCAGAACGGAGGCCAUGGACGGGGUGUUUACGCUGGAGCAGCUGUGGGGCAGGCCCAAGAUCCAGCAGCAGUUCAAGCGCCGCGCCGCCCUGCGUGUCUGGGUCAUUGGGAACCAGCUCUUUUCGCAAACCGACCACGACACAUUCUGCCUGGAACGGCGCCGCUGAGCAGUGUGGGCAUCCCAACAUGCACACGCUCAAGCCUGGUGGCAUGCAGCUGUGGUCAGUCCACUUGAUCACGUGUGGUUACGAC